AUGCCUUUUGGUAUAAAAAGAGUUGAUAAAGAAAAAAGUAUAAUACUUUAUUAUUAUGAUAGAGAUAAUCAAACUAAUAUGACUGGUUAUCAACCUAAUGUUAUUUGGGUUUUAACAGUAAUUGCAGAUCUAAAAAUAAUUAAAGAAAAAAUUGAAAAUAGUUUAAAAAUAGGUUUAGAAUAUAAUAAUGAUAUAACACAUUUUGGUAAAACACCAAAAUUUCCUACACAUUUUGGUCCUUUUCUUAUUAUUAAUAAAGUAAUGCCUAUGAUGGGUUAUAAUACAAAUAUGGAUAGUAUGGCAAAUCUCAAAUUUACUAUAGAAUCAGCAAUGCAACAAUUAAUAGACACUGUUAAAAAAAUAAUAAAUAAUCCUUCUAAUUCAGAAAAAUCUUCAGAACCUGAAGAUACUUUUGAUAUAAACCAAAAUCAAAAUCCAUCAUCACCCAAAGAAAGAAUAUUUGAUUAA